AUGGAGCAGAUGCGGACGGAAAGGCGGGCGGCAGAGACGGAAGCGGAGCGGAUGGGGAGGGAGGUGCGGAGACUUGAAGAGCGGGUGGAGAGUGGAGAGAGAGAAAGGCGGAUUCUCAUGGGGGAGGUAGAACUGGUGAAGGCGCAACUGCGGAAGGUGAGAGUGAUGGUGGAGGAAGAUAGAGGGGUGGUGAACCGGGAGCAGGAGAGGGUCGAGGCUGAGGGGGUGGGAAGAGAGAGUGUGGACGGUUCGGAGGGAGAGGAAGCGUGGGAGGAGGAGGAGGAGGAGGAGGAGGAGGAGGAGGAGGAGGAGGAGGAGGAGGAGGAGGAGGAGGAGGAGGAGGAGGAGGAGGAGGAGGAGGAGGAGGAGGAGGAGGAGGAGAAUAGGCAUAGGGAGGCGGGAAAUGAGGAGGAGAGGCAGAGGUUGGGAGAUAAGGAGGACAGGCAUAGGAGGGCGGGGAGUGAGGAGGGGAGGCAUGAGUGGGGGGAGAUCGAGGCGGUUACGAGUAGAGAGAGUGAGAAUGAGGAGGAUAGGCAUAGGAGGGCGGGGAAUGAGGAGGUCAGGCCGCAGGGUGUUGACAGCUGCUCUUCGGUUUUGGAAAGUUCCGCAGCUGUGGCGCAUUCAUUGGAGGAGAGUAGUAGAGGUGACAGCAGCAGUGGGAUGCAGCAGGAACUAAAGAGCUGUUAUCAGCAGCUGAGUGUCGACAGCUGCUGUUCAAUUUUGGGACGUUUCAAGGCUGUGGAGCAUUCAGCGGAGGAGGGUAGUAGAGGCGGCAGCAGCGGUGGGGUGGAGCAGGAGCAUCUGAGGGGUUAUCAUCAGCACCAGAGUGUCGACACCUGCUCUUCGGUUUUGGGACGUUUCAAGGCUGUGAAGCAUUCAGUGGAGGAGGGUAGUAGAGGCGGCAGCAGCGGUGGGGUGGAGCAGGAGCAACCGAGUGACUCUUUUUUGCAACGGAAGAAGCUCCACGACCAUCAGGGCUCGGAUGAGUCCAGAUUAGAUCGUAAUCUGCAUGGGAGCAGGGUAGAGCGGGUUUCGCAUGGGAGCAGUGCAGAGCUUGAUUCGCAUGGGAGCGGAAUAGAACAUGAUCCACCUGGGGCGCCUGAGGUACCUGAGGAGGCACCUGAAGCACUGUUGGCACCUGGGGAACCUGCGCCGCCAUUGGCAUCUGGGGCACCUGAAGCACCUCAACCCAAAAGUGCUACUCUUGAUUCUUCUCGGAACAGUGCUGCCUCUCUGAGAGCGCAUUUGACUGCGCUGGCAGCAGAGAGGGACCAUGCAGCGAGGGAGGGCCGUGAGUCACCUGCGGGACCUCAUUUCACGAGUGCUACUCUUGAUUCUCCGCUGAAUAGUGCUGCCAUCCUGAGAGCGCAUUUGACAGCACUGGCAGCAGAGACGGACCAUGCAGCGAGGGAGGGGUCCAAUACGUCUCAGUUCAAGAGUGCUAUUCUUGAUUCUUCUCAGAGCACUGCUGCCAGACUGAGAGCGCAUUUGGCAGCACUAGCAGCAGAGAGGGCGCAUGCAGCGAGGGAGGGCCGUGAGUCACCUGCGGUACCUCAACCCAAAAGUGCUACUCUUGAUUCUUCUCGGAACAGUGCUGCCUCUCUGAGAGCGCAUUUGGCAGCGCUGGCAGCAGAGAGGGACCAUGCAGCGAGGGAGGGCGGUGCAGCAGAAGCAGCCGUGGCAGGGCUGUCCUGCCAGCUGGCGGUCCAGCUGGCGUGCUUAAAUAGGCCGACGAAAUCGCUGGGGGAGGUGCUGGUUCAGGUGCUUCUUCAGAUGCUGUCUCAGGUAGUGCAGCUGAGGUUGCUUCAGGUGGUGCAGCUGAGGUUGCUUCAGGUGGUGCAGCUGAGGUUGCUUCAGGUGGUGCAGCUGAGGUUGCUUCAGGUGGUGCAGCUGAGGUUGCUUCAGGUGGUGCAGCUGAGGUUGCUUCAGGUGGUGCAGCUGAGGUUGCUUCAGGUGGUUCAGCUGAGGUUGCUUCAGGUGGUGCAGCUGAGGUUGCUUCAGGUGGUGCAGCUGAGGUUGCUUCAGGUGGUGCAGCUGAGGUUGCUUCAGGUGGUGCAGCUGAGGUUGCUUCAGUCCUCUCGCUCCUGCUCCUUCCUCUCCCGCUCCUCUCUCUCCCACCCCUGCUCCCUUUCCCACCCCUCCUCCCGGUCCCACUCUUCCUCCUUCUCCCACCCCUCCUCUCUCUCCCACCUCUACUCCCCCUCUCUCCCCCACCUCCCUCUCCCCCAACACUCCACCCUCUCAAGCCUCCAACGGCUCCCCUCCUCUCUUCCACAGCUCCUCCACCCUCCUCCCACCCGCUCCUCCUCCUCUCUUCCCCGCUCCCACCACCCCUUCCGCCUUCCUCUCGCAGCUCUUUGCUUUCGGACCCAUCCGUCCCGCUCCCUUUCCUUCCCUUCCACCUCCUCCUGUCCAUGCCACCUUCUCUGA